AUGGCUAUAAGAGCAGAAAGUUUCAAUUAUCCAUCAGAUUUGAAUGGAAGUGUGCACUCUUCACCUGCGCUUGAGCGGAGCUUCGCAGAGGGCCACCGGAAAAGAAAGAGGACCAUCUUCAGCCGAGCCCAGCUGUCCGAGCUGGAGCAGGCCUUCGCCAUGACACCAUAUCCGGACAUCACGCUUCGGGAAAGACUAGCCGCGUUGACACGUUUGCCGGAGAGCAAGAUACAGGUGUGGUUCCAAAACAGACGUGCACGCAGUAUCAAAAGCACCAGACCCGUCAAACAGACAACAGGCACAUCUGGCCACAUCUCUGGGAGUGGCACUUCAGAUUCCCAGUUUCUUCUAAACAACUUCAACUCCUCAGGCGGGUUUGAAAUAGGACUGUGCAGCAGAUCACAUCAAGAUCGUGUGGAAGGCCAACCGCAUCAUACACAAUGGGUCAAAAUUCACAGCAGCCCCUUGGCCCAAGAGGUGUACUCCCGGGCACCUAGUAACUUUGCGGAGCGUCUGACAUGGGACACCGAUCAUAACAUGCAUCUGGAAUCUACUGGAGUCUCAGGAUCCACUGGUGGCCAAGCUCAAUCAUCUGCAAUGAACACGCAGGGUUACUCUCAACCUUGCUCAGUCACCACCACAGGGUACUGCCACCACCACCAUCAUCACAACAAGGCAUAUUCUGUGCCCAGGUCAAAGGCCAGAUACUCCCAGCUCACAGAGGAACAAACUAUUCCUCCAUAUCCACAACAAGCUUACUGGGAUGAGGCCAAGGGGCAGGGACACCUGAUUGUCGGAAGCCAGACCUCAAUGGGAUACAUAUCUGACUUGAUCUACAAUGCAGCGGUCGUAACCAACUUUAUGGAGUUUUAGGGUGUUUUCACACCUGGUCUCUCUCAGUCUCAGCCACUGAAACGAACUCUUAACCAUACUGCGACCAAGACCUCACUUUUAGGUUCACUUACAGAGGACCAAGUUUGUUUCACUUACUGUAUAGAGGACUGUGUGUGAAAAUGCCAAUAGUAUGUCCCUGAACCUAUUGUGCUAUAUGCAGACUGUUCGUUUUAGAUGUGUGUA